GUAUCCGAACUAUAAAAGAGUUUUGAAUUAUGUAUCACUGUAGUUUUGAUAUAAACAACAAUCUCAAAAGCACGUUUUUUUUUUCAUAGAUGAAGACAGAGUCAUAAAGAUAGAUAAAGACAGAAUCUGAAUCAUACAAGUUUGGGGGGUUAGUCAGAAACAAAGAGUCAGGUUGGCUAAAAUGCGCUAGUGACAUACGAGGUAGUAUCUGGUAGGAUCAGACAGGACGGAUUAUUUACCGUUGUUAAAAUACUGUUUUUUGGAAAACGGAUGACUAGAAUUGGUUUUUGCUCAUUUUGAAAUGUAUAUAAAACAGGUCAUUAUACAAGGCUUUAAAAGCUAUCGGGAUCAAACUGUGGUAGAACCUUUCGACAAAAGACACAACGUGGUUGUGGGAAGAAAUGGAUCGGGAAAAAGUAACUUUUUCUAUGCUAUUCAGUUCGUUCUUAGUGAUGAAUAUUCCCAUUUAAAACCUGAGCAAAGACAAUCUUUACUGCAUGAAGGCACUGGACCUAGAAUUGUUACCGCAUAUGUGGAGAUUAUUUUCGACAACUCAGAUUCCCGUCUUCCGAUCGAACACGAGGAGAUUUUCUUGCGUCGUGUCAUUGGUGCGAAAAAGGACCAAUACUUUUUGAACAAAAAAAUUGUCCCAAGAAGUGAAGUGAUGAAUCUUUUAGAAUCGGCCGGCUUUUCAAGUUCUAACCCUUACUACAUCGUCAAGCAAGGAAAAAUCCUGCAAAUGGCUACUGCUCCUGAUACGCACCGUCUCAAAUUGCUACGAGAAGUAGCCGGAACCAGAGUAUAUGACGAACGAAAAGCAGAAUCAGUAGGUUUGUUUAAGGAGACCGAAGGAAAAAUUGAAAAAAUUCGAGAAUUUUUGACUACAAUUGAAGAAAAAUUGUCCACUUUGGAGGAGGAAAAAGAAGAGUUGAAACAAUACCAACAUCACGACAAAAUUAGACGAGCACUUGAGUAUAUUAUUCAUGAAGUUGAACUGAAUGACAACAAGAAGAAGUUAGCUGAUUUAGAGAAGCAUCGUGAUCAGUCCGGAUCGGAACAGAAAAAAUUGGCAGGCGAUUUAAAAGUAGCGCAGGACAAGAUAAAAGCCUUUUCCAAAAAAAUUAAGGAAAUGAAAAAAGAGCUGGCAACGUUUAAGGAGGAACGUGAUAUUCUUAGUAACGAUCAUCAGCAUUUGAUCAAGGAAAAGACUAAAUUAGAUUUUAAUAUCAAAGACUUAUCCGAAGAACUACAAGGCGACAACAAGUCAAAGGAAAGAGCCGAAAACGAAUUAGCCCGUCUCACCCAAACAAUCAAAGAGAAGGAAGCCGAAUUGGAAAAAAUUAAACCCCUGUAUGAGGAGCGGAAAGCUCGCGAAGAGGAAUGUACUAGGGAAUUGGCCUUAAAAGAGCAAAAACGCAAAGAACUAUAUGCCAAACAGGGCAGGGGUAGCCAUUUUAAGUCUAAGGAGGAUCGCGAUAAAUGGAUUCAAGGCGAGUUGAAGUCUCUCAACAAACAAAUAAAAGACAAAAAGGAUCACAAAGAUAAAUUGGAAGCCGAUUUGAAGAGGGAUGCGUUAAAGACGGUCGAACUUCAAAAGAAGAUUGAAGAGCAAUCACAAGAGUUGGAACGUCAAAAAAAUUACAUAGAUGACUACAAUAAACAAUGUUACGAGCUGAAAAAAAAUAAAGAUCAGUUUCAGGCCACAAGAAAUGAGCUGUGGCGCAAAGAAAAUAAUGUGCAAACCAACCUAUCGUCGCUCAAAGACGAUCUCGCCAAAGCAGAUCAGCAAUUACGGUCUAUGGUUGGAAAGCCAAUUUUAAACGGCAGAGAUAGUAUCAGAAAAGUACUAGAUACUUUUAUUGCGCGAGGUGGUAAAGACUUGGAAAUCGUUCAAGGUUAUUAUGGUCCAGUGAUUGAAAAUUUUGAAUGCGAAAAGAGUAUUUACAUAGCCGUUGAAGUAACCGCUGGGAACAGAUUGUUUCAUCACGUCGUGGAGAACGAUAAAAUCGGAACUAGAAUCCUGAUGGAGAUGAAUAAACAGGCAUUGCCCGGUGAAGUAACAUUCAUGCCUCUUAAUAGGCUGAAUGUAAGAGAACAGGAUUAUCCCAAUGAUGCAGACGCAAUUGCAAUGGUUUCAAAGUUGCUUUACAAAAAAAAAUACGACCAGGCGAUGAGGUAUCUGUUCGGAAAGACACUAAUUUGCAGGCAUUUGGAUGCAGCCACAAAACUUGCAAGAAGCACAGGACUUGACUGUGUUACUCUCGAUGGAGACCAAGUCUCAUCUAAAGGCUCACUAACCGGUGGCUACUUCAACACCUCACGAUCGCGGUUAGAAAUGCAAAAAAAUCGAGGAGAAACAAUUGCACAAAUACAGCAGUGCGAAAAGGAACUGAAAACACUACGUACUGAACUGGGCAAAACUGAAACCACCAUAAACACAAUUGUCACUGAUAUGCAGAAAAUCGAAACCAAGAACAGCAAAGCUAAAGUGAUCUACGAUAAAGUGAAAGUGGACCUACGAUUAAUGAAAGAAGAACUUUCCAACAUCGAGAAGUUUCGUGUGCCCAAAGAACGAUCCCUCGCACAAUGUAAAUCGAGUUUGGAGGCAAUGCAAACCACCAAAGAGAAUUUGGAGUCUGAGUUGCAUCAGGAACUAUUAUCGUCUCUGUCGGUCGCCGAUCAGCAACAGGUCGACACAUUAAAUGACGACAUUCAAAGACUACAAAAAGAGAACAAAGAGGCUUUCAGUACAAGAAUGAAAUUGGAGGCGGAAAAGAACAAACUGGAAAAUUUGCUGACGAAUAAUCUGAUUCGGAGGAAAGAUGAAGUCUUACAUGCUUUACAGGAAAUUUCAUUAGAAGACAGAAAACGUCAGUUGAUAAAUUGCAAAAGUGAACUGGAGGAAAUUGACAAAAAAAUUGAGAAGGUCAAUAAGGAAUUGAAUUCAAUCGAAAUAAAAAUUAAGGACAUGUCGAAAAAGUUGAAACAAGAACAAAUUGAACUUGAAGAAUGCAAAAGGAAAGAGAAGGACGCCCAAGACAGAAUCGACGAGGAUGCAAAGCACUUGGAGAAAUUCGCUUCAAAGCAAAACCUUUUGGAAGCAAAAAUUCAAGAAAGUGUCGAGAAAAUUAAUCAGUUGGGUGCAUUACCGACCCAAGAUUUAUACAAGAGUUUUGCCAAAAUGUCGUAUAAAGCGCUCUUUAAAGAAUUGGAAAAGACAAAUACCCAGCUGAAGAAGUUCUGCCAUGUGAAUAAAAAAGCGCUAGAUCAGUUUAUGAGUUUUUCCGAUCAAAAAGAGAAGCUCCAAAAAAGAAUGGAGGAACUAGUUAGAGGAGGCGCUAGAAUACAAGAACUGAUUGAAGUUUUGGAGCAAAGGAAAGUCGAAGCCAUCCAGUUUACAUUUAAACAAGUUGCCAGAUAUUUUUCAGAAGUUUUUAAGAAACUGGUUCCAGCUGGUAAGGCUAAAUUGGUGCUUCGUACUGCCGACAGUGAGGAAGGCAGAGAUAUUACUCCAGAGGACACCAAUUCUGACAUCUUUCAAGGUAUUGGUGUAAGAAUCUCGUUUACGGAUGCUGACGUUGAAAUGAAAGAAAUGAAUCAAUUGUCUGGUGGACAAAAAUCAUUGGUAGCUUUGGGAUUGAUUUUUGCCAUUCAAAAAUGUGAUCCCGCGCCAUUCUACUUGUUUGACGAAAUCGAUCAAGCAUUAGAUGCCCAGCACAGAAAAGCAGUAGCCAAUAUGAUCCAUGAACUCUCCAAAGAUGCACAGUUUAUUACUACGACGUUCCGACCGGAGCUAUUGGAGCAUGCUCACAAAUUCUAUGGAGUCAAAUUCCGAAACAAAGUUAGUCACGUAGAGUGUGUGACUAGAGACGUAGCACGCGAUUUUGUAGAAGAUGAUACAACCCAUGGUUAAAUUUAUAUAAGUUAGAAAAACCAUUUAUUGCUAUAGACACAACUUGUUUUUAAUUGCAACUCAGUUGUAUUUUAUGAAUAUCUGAAUAAAUAUCUAUUUAGUUCUUGAA